UUUACGAAUGGGAAAUAUAGAGCGCAUGCUUGAACAAGGAAAAUUUUUUUGUCACUGAUUAGUCUUGGCUAGAUACAUCUCUGAUUAAAAUAUUUUAUUUGCUCAAGAAUGGGCUCUAUGUUUUCGGAAGGAAAACUCCUUGAAAACAAGCUGUUUUACGCUAAAAAUGGAAAAAUGGUGGGGAAAGGUUGUCUUCACAAUGUCAUAUUUCUAAAUUGUGAGCACUUGAACCAAAAUGAAUAUUAUGUAAACACAUCACAUACAUAUCUGUACUAAGAAAACAAAGAUUGAUAUUAAAAUGAUGAUGUUCAUUUUAGGGGGCCAUGUUAGGCCCUUAUCAUAUAUAGUCCUUUUCUGAGAAGUUCUGUUUAUACAUACAUUAGAUGUAUGUUUGCUUUUGAUAUUAAACACAUCAAAAGGAAUAUUCAACUUUUUGUAGAAUAAAGGAAAGUAAAAUGUUAACAGGUAUAUCUUGGGGAAACCUUAUUUAUGUGUGAGCUGUCAGAAAACAGAUAGGUUAACUAAAUCAAUGGAGUACCCAAAAACAGGAAAUGGCAACAAAUAGAAUCUAUAGUCAACAUUUUUUCAUUCCUGUGAAGCUAGAAAUAAAUAGUGUGCUUUUGAAACUUGAUUUGUUGAUAAGUUUGCAGUUUUUACCAAAGGUUGUUGUAGUUUUCAUGUAAAUUGUAUUUCUUUUUUCUGUAAACUUUUAUUUUCUUCAGUUAUGAUAUUAUUAAACUCGGUCCGUCCUUAAAAUGGCUGAGUGAUCUCAAAGAACUUGUAUCCAUACUUAUUUACACAUGUAUAUGAACUGUUGCUUUUUAUUUCAUGCUACAUGCAUGGUUAUAAAACAAAAUGUAAACAAGAUAAAAAUUAGUAGGUUGUACCAGUAUAUAUCCAGAACAAUGGAUUCUACUGUAUUUUUUGUGUCCCAAAUUAUUAUUAUUUUUCUUUUACGUACACAAAGGUGGUAUAAACCCAUGCAUGUGGCUUAGUUAAAUGUGUGACCAAUGAGUUCUAUGUAAUCAUGAGUCCUCUACAAAUGUAUAUUUUAUUUAUUGUUUUUUUUCUUUUUGCAUGUUAUAACUUGUUUUAGAUUGUACCUAAAUGUAUGCUAUUGCAGAGAUUAUUAAAAUUAAAUCCAGAAACUGUACAUUUUAAGUGCUAAAUGUAUGUACAAGUGUAGCAGACUGUGAAUGUUGGUAUUGAUAAUUUCAUACAUGUAUAUCUACUAUCAUGAUAAUCGAACUCUACAACCCUACACUGUUGAUGCCCCACAGUGAUUUCGUAGUACCUAUAAUUAACAAGGGUUGUUAAACAUAUGAAGACUUAUUUCCUUUACUUUACAUCAAAUUAUGAUCUUUGUAGACGUAAUCUAACAAUGAAAUUAUUUUAAAUAAUCACUUUUUGAUCUUUAAAAAGUUAGAGAAUAAAAUCCUUGAUGCGUAAAUUUUUCUGAAAAUUCAGACCGCGAAAAAAAUUCUUAAAAAAUGUACAAAGUAACAUAAAAUGAAAUUCUCUGUACAUUCUGAACUAAUACUAAAUAAUAGAAUAUUUAGAUGAAAAGGUGAACCAUUCUUUAUUACUAAAAUCUACGAAGAUAACGUACAUGUAUACAUGUUGUAGAGUGUUCAUGAAAUAUGGACAUAAACUUUGCAUGGUGUAGUACCAGUUUCUGGUUGGAGGAGGCUCCAGAAAGUCAGGUUUAAAAAGCUGUGUUUUUGAGACCCUAAUCCUUGGAAAUGCACUACCAGUCUCACUUAAGCUUACUCACUAUUGGACGGAUCACUGAACUUUUCAGUCCAGUUUUUAAAGCAUAGAAAAUAGCAUGCAUGAAUUGACGUUUAUUUCUUAUGGAGUAACAUGCGUGAUAUAUGCCUUACACUAAUGACAUAAUCAUUGUAUAUUAAAAAGUCACCCGCACCAGUCGAGUUCAUGUAGUAUGUCCGACAAAGUGGCUCAAGCUGUCACUUGUAAUUGAUACUUUUUUUUGUCUCCCUGUGAUAUCAUCUGAUGAUUAAAUAAUGAUAAUACAUGUUAGAGUUUACAUAUAUUAGUUCACGAACUACACGACAAAGCUAGAUGCAACAGAAAAACAAACACUAGUACUGUGAUGCACUUCUUCGAAAGCCUGCCAUUGUUGACGAUUUUGGUUAUUGAACAUGCUAAAUGUAGCACUCACGGACAAGAAAAAGUGAUAUCUGCACAUAUGGCAGAAUUAUCAAAAACUGAAAGUGGCCUGGUAACAUAUUUUUUGGAUCAAUUAUACGUCGUGAAAUCAAAAAUACAGCAAUUGGAAAAAGGGGGGAAAGAAAUGAAAUUAGCCCUUUCAUCAUGGGAACGGCGAAUAAAAGUUGUAGAAAACCGCAAAGAAACAAGAUGUGAAUCGGGUACCGUUCGAGACUAUGGAUUUAAGCCAACAGCUAAAUGGCCACAUUCCCGAAGGAUAGAUUUUAGAUCUCCGUUUAGUGGAACUCCAACCUUAACAUACGGUUUAUAUGCACUCGAUGUUUCCAAUGGAGCAAAUACUCGGGUUGAUACAGUUGUGACCAAUUUAUCAAGAACUGGAUUUCAGUUGACAUUACGCACAUGGGCCGACACCGAAUUGUUUGCAGCCUUUGCCAGUUGGAUGGCAUGUGGAAAAUAAAUUUGAAAGAAAUGAGAGACUUAUCU